AAACCUGCUCGCCAAAAUAUCCCAGCGCUACUAGCACUUCUGUCUUCUGCCACCAAUAUGUCAAGGAUCUCCACGCAGCACUACCGUCAGUCCGCACACAAGCUUGGACGCCAAAAACAACACCGAGGCCGUAGAAAGAAACGAUAGCCGAGAGCAGAGAGAGGCAAACGAGAAGAAGGGCUGCCAGCUAAGCAGAGCACGUAAAAACCACGACGGCCAAGACGGCAACAACCGCGGCGAUUACGACGGAACGACAUAGGGGGAAACGACCAGUUCCGCUUCGUCGCGCACAUCGGGGGAAGGGUGGAAAGAAAAAAAAAAGGAAAAAAAAGGAAAGAUCGUCGCUGCUGUCGUGGGCGAUUUUUACUCAGUCAGUCGUUGAUCAGUUUUUUUUUUUUUUCCAGUUAAGAGUCUUCGCCGUCAUGCACAACGACGAGACCAUCAUCAGCAUGUAUGCCCCGUUCUGGGCGUGCUCGGGAGCACACCGCCCCGUCGAGGGCACGGUGGACAGCAGCGACCGCAAGAUAAACGCCGGCGGCAACAACGGCAACAGCGAGGUCGGGGCGGGUGGCGGCUCCGCCGCCACAGCACCGGCUGCCGGGACGCUCGGCAAGAACAAGAGCAGCAGUAUCAUCAUCAACAACAACGAAAGCGGCGAGAACCAACGCAAGCAGCUCGACAGCAUGGACGUCGGCCUCAACGUCAGCGGCGAGGGAGACAUCGCAGACAACGUGGACGGCUUCCUCGACGAGUUCAUUGCGCUAGCCGGAGACGAUGACUACGGCGACAGCAUGAUGUUGGAAGAGGGCUGUGAGGGGGGAGGGGGCGCCGCCAUCUCGGAGGAAGACCUGGCCUACCUGGCCGACAUGGACCUGGCCGACUUCCUGCCGGCGGGGGCGGCAGAGGGCGCUCCUGAGGCGGGGACCAGCGCCGGCGGCGGUGCGCCGCUGUCCCCUUCGUCCGCCCACGAAAUCGAGACCCUGCCGGAUCAUGUGGCGGGGGGCGGAGAGGCAUCAGCGGGGGGGUGAUGGGUUCGCCGGUAGCGGGCGGCGGUGCGGAGGUCUCGGGCGUUGGUGAUGUCUCGCCGAUCCGGUCGGUGCCGGCGGCGGCGGUGGCGGCAGUCGAGGUAGUCGCGGCACCGGGGGUCAAUGCAGACGGAGGAGGGGCGGCACGGAGGAAAGGGAAGGCUAACCAUCAGGACGCUCCUGCCGCUGCUGCUGUCACCGACUGGGAUGGCGGCGACGACGACGCUGACGCCACCGUCAGCGUGAAGGAGCAGGUUCGGCGGCAGAAAGUCGCUCGCUACCUUGCCAAGAAGCAGAGGCGCCGCUGGUCCAAGGCCUCCUCUUACCAGAGCCGCCAGCGCGUGGCCAACUCGAGGCCGCGGCACAAGGGCCGCUUUCUGCCCCUCGAGUCCGAGUUCGUGCCCAUCGCGGAGCUGCAGCGGAGGCAACGGGUGCUCAUGGUACAGAUGCGAGAGAAGGCGGCGGCGGCGACGGCGGCAGCUACAGCGGGGUCGGCAUCUGCAGCAGCAGGGAGUGCUGCCGCUGGGGCUCCGUGUGGGGAUGGAGUCCCCUCGUCCCCGGAGUUUGGCCACCAAUAUACAGUGUAAUAUAGGACUACACUUGUUCGGUAUGGAAGCGGGUUCCAGCGCUUUUUUUGUUUUUUGUCAGCGCGUUCGAUGAACACAGAUCUAGUUAUGAUGUAGGCGAGGAGAAGAGGGCGCGAAAGCAUGUAGAGAGCAAUCGCUAGCAAUGUGGCUCGGUUCACAGUUGUGACAGAUCGCAGUGUAGGGAGACGACGCAUGUCAAAAUUGAUGAACCCAAGCAAGAGUGCAGUGUUUUGGAAUCGUUUUGAUCGGGCGCACGGGCACGGAGAGUUGCAUGGUGUCUGUUGGGGUGCUGGACAUGUACCAUUUACGCGAAGGCUGUGUGGGAGCACGAGUAGAACUCUUUGCGGAUUGGGUGCGUAUCGCAGCGUCGCAACAAUUCUUUGUUUUUUUCGUUGUUGCGGUUUCUGUGUCCGAUAUGGUGUAUUAUAUCGUGCAUGUUUUUUAGGCCAAGAGAUACCGCCGGCGAAGGAUUGAAGGCGAUUCAGUAGUCAUCGUUGAACUUGAAACCCGCAGCAACCCUUUGUUGGGUAUUUUAGCGCAUGUACCAGAAAACGGCUUUGGAGGUAGGAUGUGUACUACAA